AUGAAGUUUGGCGAGCAUUUAGCUGUUCAUAUAACGCCAGAAUGGAGCUCUCAAUACAUUGAAUAUCAAUAUAUGAAAGUAAUUCUGGAACAAGCAGUGGUUGAAGCACCUGACAAAAUGGAUAACGAUAACAAUAUGUUGCGUUCACAGUUUUUUCGUGAUGUCGAUAUUAGUUUCUUUCAGUUGUGCGAGAAAGAAGCGGCAAAGAUUAAUACUUUUUUUUCUGAAAAACUUGCUGAAUCAUCACGACGAUUUGAAGCUCUCAAAGACGAACUGCAGUACAUUGUAUCAGACGCUCAUUCUGGUUCUAAUCGAAGGGUAUCGAUUGUUUUUGAUCGAGGAUUAAAUACAAACAUGAAAAAUGAUAAUUAUCCAAAGAAUCUCAAAGACUCGAUCGCUCAACGUACUUGGCGUACUUCGUUAUCCAGUCUAGUACCUAUACGAUUAGCCAAAAGAACGCCUGAAUGGCAUUCGGAACACACGCACUACAAAAGUUUAAAUAAUUUAAAGACAGCUUUUAGUGAGUUCUACUUAAUGCUUGUUCUUUUACAAAACUACCAAGUCCUCAAUUUUACUGGCUUUCGUAAAAUAUUGAAAAAGCACGACAAAGUAUUUCAAACGGAACGUGGCAGUGUAUGGCGAAAAAUUCAUGUUGACACGGCUACAUUUCACACAUCGACCAAGGUCGCUGAACUUAUUCGGGAUAUAGAAAACAUAUUCACCGAUGCAUUCGAAUCUGGCAACAGAGUAGAAGCCAUGAAGCGCCUUCGGGUUCCACCUCUAGAUGAAAAAAACUCACCGAUGGUGACGUUUCGUUUUGGUCUGUUUGUUGGAAUGAUUUGUCUCUUAUUACCCGCUUUGUUUGCAUUCGGCACUCAGCUGAAUGUAAGCCAAUCGAACAAAACACUUGCCUGGCGCCAAGGAAUUCUACUCUAUCGUUCGACAUGUUUAAUAAUUAUUCAGAUUAUUUUUUCUGGUAUCAAUGUUUAUGGUUGGUCAUCAUCUGGUGUUAAUCAUAUUCUCAUAUUUGAAAUUGAUCCACGUCAUCAUUUAACUUAUCAACGCAUUCUUGAGAUUGGAACAUCUCUACUGGUUCUCUGGUUUAUCGGCUUCAUCGGAUUCAUUCUAGCAUCGUAUUAUGAUUGUUAUCCUUUUAUACAGCCACUUAUAUUUGUUGCAUUAAUGAUUCUAUUUGUUUUUAAUCCAAUACCAAUAUUCUAUCGUGAAGCUCGCUUCUGGCUCCUAAGGAAACUAGCUCGAGUUUUCUCAUCUCCUUUUCAUUCUGUUGGUUUUACAGAUUUUUGGCUAGGAGACCAGCUCACUUCUCUCGAAUUAGUUUUUUUCGAUUUGGAAUCAUUCUUCUGUUUUUAUUGUUCAAAUUCUACAUGGUGGUUCACAGAUUUGACAUCCCCAGCAUCUCACCAAGGCUUUUUUUGCACAGGUUGGUCUGAGAUUCUCUUGCAAUCGAUUUUUCUCAUGUUACCAUCUUGGUUUCGUUUUGCACAAUGUUUACGGCGAUAUCGUGACACGAAACAAGCAUUUCCACAUUUGACUAAUGCAGGUAAAUAUGCUACUGGCUUCUUUAUCAUAAUUACAAAUUCAUUGCGGCGUGCAACCACUAAAACAUAUGCUGCAAAUCAAGCGGAUAAUCCAUUUCUUUAUUUGUGGAUCAUCGCUGCAAUUAUUGGUUCUGUAUACAAACUUAUAUGGGAUCUCAAAAUGGAUUGGGGUUUUUUUGAUAAAAAAGUCGGCACUAAUAAAUAUUUACGUGAACAACUUGUUUAUUCAUCAAAAAUAUAUUAUUAUGCAGCUAUUAUAGAAGAUAUAAUCUUUCGUUUCGUUUGGACAAUCAAUAUAUUUAUCGCUUUUAAUGUGCAAUCAGCUGAAUAUACUGAUUUGAUCGGAUUUUGUUUCGGCAUCGUAGAAAUAUUUCGUAGAUUUAUUUGGAAUUUUUUUCGGUUAGAAAACGAACAUUUGAAUAAUUGUGGUCAAUUUCGUGCUGUACGUGAUAUUUCAAUUGUACCGAUGCCAGCAGACUUCAAUUAUAAAGCGAUUGACUCUAAGUUACGGAAACAACCGGGCAUCCGCACUCGAAAUCGAAUAACACCAAAAGAAACGAUUAUUGAAGAAGAUAAUACAUCCUGGACGGAUGUAAGUACACGCGAUGAUACCGAGAGCCGUAUAACGCAUUUUGUUCAAGACCUGACUCCAAUGCAUGAUAUUGUGGCAACCGACGAUAAUGCCAGUAGAAUACAUCAGCAAAUAGAAGAUAUAGCAUUAGAAGAUGAUCGUUUGAUAGUUACUCAAGAUGAGACUGAUCCGUCGAAUAGAAUUGUUGAAAUGUCAAACUAG